AUGCCACCUGUCAAACAGAAAACCACACUGCCAACCUUCACUUCUGUUAUCGAAAGGAAGCGUAAGCUUUUUCAGUGCACUGGCUUUGGCGAUUGCAACAUGGUCUUUACUCGUAGUGAGCAUUUGGCUCGACACAUUCGGAAGCACACGGGUGAAAAACCUUUCAAAUGCGUAGUACCAGGAUGCAAUCGCAUGUUUAGUCGAUUCGAUAAUAUGAAGCAACAUACACAAACCCAUCAACGCAAUGCACAAUUCGACUAUGCAACAACACCAUCAUCACAACAACAACAACAGCAACAGCAAUCAACAUCUUCAGUACCAAGGGUGGAUACGAGUGUUAAUGCUGCUGCGGUAGAAGGAACAUACAACUGCGGUGGUCUCAUGUCCCCUGUUUCACUUGGUUCACCAGAGCAGUCGCAGCUAUCGGAUAUGUGGGGUGAGACAGCUUCUUCAUCAGCUUCUUCAACAACGUCAGCAGCAGCAUCACCAAAGCAUCAGGGGCAGGAUGUGUCACCAUCAUUACAAAGGAAGGCAAGCGUGCCACAGCCACGACGUUUACCCGUAGCCGAUCUGUGCAACCAUGAAUCUUCUUCUUCACCCUCAUCCGAAAUCGUCCAUUUGACUAUGGAUGAACUUGAAGCUUUGGAAGCCCUUGCUCAAUUCCGAGGUGCCCCGCUUUAUCAUGACUCCCUCAGACAUUUGGCCAAUGUAGCUUCUCAUCAGUAUCCAACAACCUACGCUUCUUACGAUUGA